AUGUCGUCAGCAAAGACGCGAGCACGUCGCCAGACAGCACCCUCAGGGCCCCCGCGGAAGGUUGCUGUGAGGGACUCCCAGCCGCAUCUUGAUGGUCUGUCCGAGCAACCUGAGGAGAAAGACGACAAGCCAACCAUUCCUCAAUGGCAAAAUGAGCUUGAAUUCUCAGAAUGGUACAGUAAGGUGAAAGGAGAUCUGGUAGAAGAGAGCUACGAGCAAUACCAAAAUUGUCUAGAUGACUUGCAACAGUCGCGCGAGCAUAUCGACGAUAUAUUAGUCAACACUCUAGUCUUACUCGACUCUCUUACACAUCUUGCCAAGGAGUUCAACGCCGUCGAGUCGCAGACGUCCAAUUUCGAAAAACAAUGCGAAGGCUUGCUGACUGCUCAAGAGCGGGAUACAAAGCUUGCGAAUGGAAUACAAACCAAUCUUCAUUACUAUGAAUUCCUAGAUCCGGCUUCGAGAAGACUCAAUGCCCCGGGCGCUGGCAACACAGUACGAGAUGAGGAUUUCUCCGACAUGUUACGGCGCUUGGACGUCUGUUUGGAUUACAUGGAAACACACCCGGAGCAAAAAGAGGCCGAGGUCUAUCGCGCGAGGUACCGCUUGCUUCUGACUCGAGCUCUCACCCUGAUUCGAGGUAACUUUGUCUCAUCUCUGCGCGAAAUCUAUUCAAAUGUCUCGAAGAAAAUCGCAGAUCAAUCUUUGAAUGAGGCUGCCCUAUCUGCCUUACUUUAUGCAAAAUUCAGGGUUGGCGCGCCGGAGCUCAAGCAGAUCGGUGUGGAAAUUCAAAAGAGAGCAGUGCCCCCCUUAAACUCCGAGCAGAACAAUGAGGCAGAAUAUCAGAGCUUGAUGAACGAACUGCACAGCAAUUAUGCAGCAACGCGAGUACGACUCGUUGUGCCUCUUGCUCGUAAGAAGCUCAAUGAGAUCUCACAGACACCCAGCUCUUCAAAGGACUUGGUCGCUUUUGCCCGCGCGAGCAUCAGUUAUAUCCGCGGCUUAUGUUUGGACGAGUAUGACUUGUGGGGGGAGUGGUUCCAUGGUCAGACCGGCCUGUACGACUUCCUUGAAACAAUCUGCGAGCCGCUCUACGAUCAUCUUCGCCCACGAAUCAUCCACGAAACCGACAUGGGUACUUUGUGUCAACUGUGCACUCUCCUGCAAACACGGUAUUUCCUCGAUCCCGAAGAAGAAAUGGAGCAAGGCGAGGCGAACCAGCUCGACUUCUCUGUUCUCAUUCAGCCGGCUCUUCAAGAUAUUCAGACACGGCUUGUGUUCCGAGCUCAGGCCGUGCUGCGCGAUGAAAUUGAGCGCUACAAACCCCGACCUGAGGACAUUGACUAUCCCAUGCGCAGCAAACAGGUGUCAUUAAGCGUGACCGAUACGCAGAUCUCGGACACAAAGGAUAUGCUGGUAAGGACCAUGCUUGAAACCAAGGCGUCCGUUGAAGGAGGCAGUGAGCGUGCGGCAGCUCAAGAUCAAGACGAGAAAUGGGACUUUGAGACCCAGACCGCGCUCAAGGGCUGGUACCCCACACUGCGAAGGGCAAUAUGGCUCUUGAGUCGAAUUUAUCGGCUAGUCAAUUCUACCGUUUUCGACGAUCUCGCCCAUCAGAUUGUGCACCAAACCACCUUAUCGCUUCAAAGUGCCAGCACACUCAUUGCGAACAAAUCGUCUCCUGCCGACGGCCAACUGUUCCUGAUGAGUCAUCUUCUCAUUCUAAAACAGCAAAUUGUCGCCUUUGACAUUGAGUUUGUGGCUCCAGAGGUCUCGCUCGAUUUCUCAGGCGUGACAAAUACCUUCUGGGAGCUUCGCGAGAGAGGCGGGCUUUUCAAUCCACGUAAUCUGAUGCGCCUCGUUGGACACGGGCUCAUUCCUCGCGUAGUCGAGAAUAUGCUCGAUGCCAAACUGGAAUUAGACGGCCAAUUGCGAACCGUGAUCAACGACUUCAUCAAUGCCUUUGCAGCUCGUAUGACAGCAUCCCUGCCGACAAAAUUCGUCGAUACGCGCAAUCUGCAACACGGAGAGCUUGUUUAUCCGACCUGUCGCACCAUUGAGAAGGAAGUGCCUGCCCUUCGAAAAAUACUCAACGCGUAUAUUGACGACACACGGAUGAAGGAAACCCUUGUAGGCGCGGUUCAAGAUCGUACGAUUCAGAUUUACGAGGACUUCUUCGACAAAUUCAUCACAUCCGGGAAAGGAAAGGACCAGAGCCAAGCCGCAUGGGAAGUUGACACGUUCGCUUCGUGGUGCGAGAACAUCUUCAAAGUUGGUGUUGCUGGUCUUCAGUCUGAGCGCGAAAACGAUUUUGUGGAUGAUGAUGAUGAUGAUGGCGUCUCGAAGGGAAGCUCUUAG